GCAACCCAACGUUCUUCCAGGUCUGUUUCACAAGAAAAGUGGUGGGGGAAUCCUCUUUUAUUCGAUAUGUAAUUAAUAGCCUCGGAAAUGUUGUGGUGCUAUGUGAUCCGUGACCCAAGCAAAGAUGCCCCGCUUGUUCUCUUGAAACCGGUUUCCCACGUGCCAACGACCUGUCUGGUGCGCUGUGCUCGAAACAGUAAGAAGCUUGUCAAGCAACACCUCCCCACCAAGUGGCUGCCACAGGGAAAUGUCUUCCUGAGCUCCCCAUCUAUUGUGCACCAGAGGUCAAAAGCCAUUCAAUAUGACAACAGAAACAUUGGUGAAAGACAUCAAACCGGGCUUGAAAAACCUAAAUCUCAUAUUCAUUGUGUUGGAAACAGGCCGAGUGACCAAGACAAAGGAUGGCCAUGAAGUACGGACAUGUAAAGUAGCUGACAAAACUGGCAGUAUAAACAUCUCUGUGUGGGAUGACGUUGGGAACCUGAUCCAGCCAGGGGACAUCAUCCGACUCACCAAAGGGUAUGCGUCGGUUUUCAAAGGCUGCCUGACCCUAUACACUGGACGUGGAGGAGACCUGCAGAAAGUUGGAGAGUUUUGCAUGGUUUACUCAGAAGUGCCAAAUUUCAGUGAGCCAAACGCAGAGUAUGUUGCCCAGCAGUCACAAAACAAAAAUGCACAGAAUGACAAUGCAGCCCCCACAGCCGCCCAAACUACAUCAGGACCCUCUACAUCGUCAGCAGCCACUGACAACCAGAAUGGCAACGGCUUGAUCACCUCUGGCAGCUCCCCCCACCCGCCUGCUAUCCCCACCCACCCCACCAGUGGCCGCAUCACCAGAAGUCAGCCCAAUCACCAGGGUGGAAGUUCCUCAGGUUCCUCCUCCAACCCAGUCAGCAAUGGCAAAGAGACACGACGAAGCAGCAAAAGAUAACAGGUGCAGAAUGGGGAAGGGGGCCUUUUGUACCUCUUUCUCCAUUGCCUGAUGUGUUCUGUUUUGUUGCCUGCUGGCCAGUUCGGCAGCAGAGCAGAGGUGACACUGAGUAGAAAAGAUGGAUACGGGGCUGAUGUUGAGACUGUGAAACCAACUCAUGCGUAGCUGCUGAAGUGUACUUUUAACAUGUGUUGCUUAUUGGCUGAGGGGUAUGGUGUUUGAUGUGUUCAUAAUAAUGUUCCAGGUCAAACUCAUUACGGGAUUCCCCAUGUAUGUAUAUUACACUCCCACUUUGCAGGAGAUAAAACAUGAUCCACCUAUCAUUUUGCCCAAUAGUAUUUCAUUUCUACCUGCCUGGAUAAGCUUUUGUGCCAUGGUCAUUUAUCUUUGAAUUAACAUCCACUUUAUAAAUUCUUAUUGCUAUUUACUACAGAUUCACAGUGAAGUGGGUAAAACUACUCUGAACUGGCUGAUUUUAAGAUUGGGGAGAAAAGACCAUUGUGUUGGAAUUUCCAGAAAGCUCCUAGUUCUCCUGAGAUUUCUUGCAUGGUAAAGGUGUAGUUCAUCAAACCAAUUAGUCUGCUUGCAGAGACUUAACACAGCUACCACUUUGAAAACUACAAAUUAAAUUUAUGCCACAUUUUCCAAGCCAUACUGCUAUCAGUUUGAAUGUCUUUUCCAGAAUGAGCCAAUAGGAUGUCACUACAGGAAUGUUUUGGUGUGUUUAGUUCAUGUGUUCCAUAGUAUAAGAGGACAGAAUGAUAUCUUAACAGUACAACUUUUGCCAAAGUUGACCCAAUUCCUAGAAGGCCAAUAACAUGUAAGAAGAAAUGUGUUGCUUUCUCUUAUCAUUGUGGCUUAAUAGCCUGCACUGAAUGAGAUGUAAACAUAUUUUGAAGUGCUCUUUUAUCCAGCUAUGUGGCUCGUAGUCUCAUUUUCUUCCUUUUUCUCUGUUCUCUACUGCAGAAUAAUUGUUUGAAUGACUCAUCCAAAGUUCCUCCUCCACCCCAAAGAAACAUCACUGUUGUCUAAAUCUGAUGUGGCUAUUUGAAUGUAGUAUUAAUGAAUGCUUUGGGGAAUAAAUGUUUUAAUCAUCUUUUUUCA